UUCAAGAACCUCAACAUCAGUAUUUAAAACUCCUAUGAUCAAAUCUCUCCCCCAUGACUUCUACGAUGUUUCCUAAAUAAUCCAGAGCCACAGCCAACCAUCUACGAAAUCCCCACUCACGUACCCAAUUUCUCCUCUUUUUCCUUCACCAAUUACAUUUCAAAUCCCCAUGAAUUCCACCCAACCCAACAAUUAAACAUGAAUCUUUAUCUUCUCGUCACUCUUUCAAUAUUCUUAAUCUCGUUGGUUUCGUCUCAAACACCCACCAAUUCGAUUUCUUGCCCGAUGAACUUCGACUACGUUGUUCGAAUCCCAUGGCCCACCGUCGACUGCCGCCACUCCGCCGACUCCACAAAAUCCCUUAGCAACUCCACCGGCUGCUGUCAAACGUUGCUUACCGUGUACGGCAUCAGUUUAGCUCAGCAUCUCAAAACGAGUUCCCAGUUUAAUCUCCCUGAUCUUGCAACAUCUUCGGCUUGUUUGUCUGAUUUUCAGACCAAACUUGACUCUCUUUCAUUACCCAACAAUCUUGCGUCGUUUUGUUUUAAUCCUGUUCAGUUUGUCAUUUCGUCAAACACCUGUGCUGCAAUUCAGAAUGUGGAAGAUUGGCACCGGAAAUUGGGGAAUAAUACGGUUCUGGAUUCGUCGUGUAGGAGUGAUCUUACUGAUCUUACUGCGUGUGCGGCUUGUAUUGAUGCGGGGUUACGGGUUCAUAGUGAAUUGAAUUCGAUUGAUGGUAACGCUUCUCAUUCGCAAGAUUGUUUUUAUUUUGCUGUUCUUUAUGCUGCUGGUGUUGCUAAUCAGUUUGGGCCUGAAAGUGAUGGUGCUGUGUCUUGUACUUUUGGGAUUACUGUUUUAACCAAAACCCAUAAAAAUAAGCAUUCAUCUUUGGUAUUCGGCUUGGCUGGUGGACUUGUGGCUGUUGUUGUGACAACUUUUUCUGUGGGAGCCUACUUUUGGUGGGAUAGGAGGAGGAAAAGGGAAAAGAUUGACGAAUCGCGUGUCGGUGAAUUCGAAUCGGGAAGGGUUAGGAGGCGGCCGAAUACGGGGUCUAUAUGGUUCAAGCUUCACGAGCUCGAAAAGGCGACUGAUAAUUUCUCGCAAAAGAAUUUUAUAGGUAGAGGCGGGUUUGGGGUCGUUUACAAGGGCGUGUUACCUGACGGAUCGGUUGUUGCGGUUAAGAAGAUUAUAGAAUCGGAGUUUGAAGGGAACGAUGAGUUCUGUAAUGAAGUUGAAAUUAUUAGCAAUUUAAGGCAUAGGAAUCUUGUUCCGCUAAAAGGGUGUUGUAUUCAUGGUGAAGAUGAGGGUUACGAGCGACGAGAUGAUCAAAGGUACCUUGUUUACGAGUACAUGUCGAAUGGGAAUCUUGAUGAUCAUUUGUUUCCAACGACGAGUCGGAGACCGCAGUUAACAUGGCCUCAAAGAAAGAACAUAAUUCUGGAUGUAGCAAAAGGUUUAGCAUAUCUUCACUAUGGAGUCAAACCGGCUAUAUAUCAUAGAGAUAUCAAGGCUACAAAUAUACUUCUAGACGCAAACAUGGGAGCUAGAGUGGCGGAUUUCGGGUUAGCCAAGCAAAGUAGGGAAGGUCAAUCUCAUCUCACUACUAGAGUAGCCGGGACCCAUGGGUACUUAGCCCCAGAAUACGCGCUUUACGGUCAACUGACUGAAAAAAGUGAUGUCUAUAGUUUUGGAGUCGUGAUUCUGGAGAUUAUGUGUGGGAGGAAAGCUCUUGACUUGUCUAGCGCAGAUUCCCCUCGCGGGUUCUUGAUUACUGAUUGGGCCUGGUCGCUUAUAAAAGAAGGGAAAAUCGGACAAGUAUUGGAUCCGUGUUUGUUGGACCAUGGCGCAGGUAAUGAGUCUACGAACCCUAAAGGGAUCAUGGAAAGAUUUGUGCUUGUGGGAAUUUUGUGUGCUCAUGUAAUGGUGGCUUUAAGGCCUACAAUUAUGGAUGCAUUGAAGAUGUUGGAAGGUGAUAUCGAAGUGCCUACGAUUCCCGAUAGGCCAACGCCGCUCGGCCACCCUACAUUCGCUGGAGAUGGUACUACUUUUAGCAUUUCACCGGUGUUGAGUGGGCUGCAAUUGCAAGCCAAUGACAUGCUUAGGUAGAUGAAUCAAGAAAUCUUUUAUCAACUAGAAUCUUCAAUCUUGUUGUGAUUUGUGUCUAAAUAGUUAAGUGUAACUUGGGGGAAAUUUUGGUUUGUUUAGGAGUUUAAUCGUUUGGUAGGUCAAAGAGAGUAAGAUUUGUUAAAAAGUGUGUUUUUUUGUUAGCCAUAAAUGGCUAUGGAAGUAACUCACGACUUGUAAAUUAUAUAUAUUUUUUUAUGAAUAAAUAUAAUAUAUUUUGUAGUU